AGAUCUGAAGUCUAUGUUCAAAGAUUGGAAUACAAAAACGUGAUGAAUAAUUAAUCUUCGCUCUGCUUUUAAUACUUGCCAUCUCAAAUUUGCUCAGAGUUUCAAGUGUAUUCAUCAGUUUCUUUCAUUGGUUCUUACAGGUUACAGUUUUUUCCAUUUCCUGCCAGAAUUUGUAUAUUCAGUCAGUCUCUCUCUCUUCUCUGCAGAAAAUUUCUAUUCUUUUUUUUUCUCAAGGCUUUGUUUUUAAGCAGGAACCUUUUCUGGGGUUUUGGUGUGCUGUAAUUGGUCGGUAUUUUUCUACCAAAUAUAUUUGAUAUUUUGGUAUCUGCCUGUCUGGGGUUUUGGUUUGAGUUCAACUUCAAAUAAAGUGUACAGAGUAGUACUAGUGGGUUGUCUUGAAUAAGCUGCAUUUUUUUGGGAAAAUCUUCUUCUUGAUUAGUUAAUCGAUAAAGAAUAAUUACUGGGUAAGUUUGUCUCUGUUUUACAACAACUGGGCUCUUGAAAUUUUCUUGAGAGAAAAUAAGAAUGAGUGGAGUUAGAAGAAAAAAGCUGCAAUUGAGUAAGAUCUAUGCGUUUCACUGUGGGAAAGCUUCAUUUGUAGAAGAUCAUUCACAGAUUGGAGGACCUGGAUUUUCAAGAGUAGUUUUCUGUAACGAACCGUAUAGUUUUGAUGCAUCAUUGCGGAAUUAUGGAAGUAAUUAUAUUAGAACUACAAAGUAUACACUUGCUACGUUUUUCCCUAAAUCUUUGUUCGAGCAAUUUAGAAGAGUUGCAAAUAUAUAUUUUCUUAUUGCUGCUUGUCUAUCUUUCACCUCUCUUUCUCCUUACACCCCGAUUAGUGCUGUUCUUCCUCUUGUUGUCGUAAUCGGCGCCACUAUGAUUAAAGAAGCUGUUGAAGAUUGGAGAAGAAAAUCACAGGAUAACGAAGUGAAUAAUCGAACAGUUAAAGUACAUCAAAGUGAUGGUGUUUUCGAUUAUACUACAUGGAAGAAUCUAAGAGUUGGAGAUGUAGUGAAGGUGGAAAAGGAUGAAUAUUUUCCAGCAGAUCUCCUUUUGCUUUCUUCCAGUUAUGAGGAUGCUAUAUGUUAUGUGGAAACCAUGAAUCUUGAUGGAGAGACGAAUUUGAAAGUCAAACAAGCAUUGGAGGUAACUUCAAACUUAGUUGAAGACUCUAGCUUUAAAGAUUUCAAGGCUGUGGUUAAAUGUGAAGACCCAAAUGCAAACCUGUAUACUUUUGUUGGAAGUAUGGAUGUCGAAGAACAACAGUAUCCACUUGUACCUCAACAACUUCUCCUUAGGGACUCAAAGCUUCGGAACACGGAUUAUAUCUAUGGGGUUGUUAUCUUCACUGGCAGUGACACAAAAGUUAUGCAAAAUUCAACCGACCCACCAUCCAAGAGAAGCAGAGUUGAGAAAAAGAUGGACAAAGUUAUUUAUUUCUUGUUUGCUAUCUUGGUUUUGAUGUCUUUCAUCGGUUCAAUCUGGUUUGGGAUUACAACCAGCAAAGACCUAGUAAAUGGCAGGACGAAAAGGUGGUAUCUUAGACCGGACAAUACAACGGAUUUCUAUGAUCCUAAAGAUGCACCCUUCGCUGCAGUUCUUCAUUUUCUAACAGCCUUGAUGUUAUAUGGGUACUUAAUCCCGAUUUCGUUGUAUGUCUCAAUCGAAGUCGUGAAAGUUCUGCAAAGUACCUUCAUUAACCAAGAUCUUCACAUGUACCAUGAAGAAACUGAUAGACCUGCACAUGCGCGCACGUCAAAUUUGAAUGAGGAACUUGGCCAAGUUAACACAAUUCUUUCUGAUAAAACAGGAACUCUAACCUGCAAUUCAAUGGAAUUCAUCAAGUGCUCUAUAGCUGGAACAGCUUAUGGCCGUGGGAUCACUGAGGUUGAGAGAUCAAUGGCUAGACGAAAAGGAUCACCAUUAGCUUAUGAGGUGGAAGAUGAUGAGGAGCACAAUAUGGUGGAUCCUACGGAUAAGAAACAAUCUAUUAAAGGGUAUAAUUUUAAGGAUGAAAGAAUUGUGAAUGGGCAAUGGGUUUAUGAGCGCAGAGCGGAUGUCAUUCAGCAGUUCUUUCGUUUAUUAGCAAUAUGUCACACUGCCUUACCUGAAGUGGAUGAAGAGACGGGAAGGAUAUCUUAUGAAGCUGAAUCCCCAGAUGAAGCUGCUUUUGUCAUUGCAGCCAGAGAACUUGGCUUCGAAUUCUGUAAAAGGACACAAACAAGUAUUUCAUUGCAUGAAAUUGAUCCCUUAUCUGGCAAGAAAGUUGAAAGGUCUUAUAACCUUUUGAACUUCUUAGAGUUUAACAGCACGAGAAAGAGAAUGUCUGUGAUAGUAAGAGAUGAGGAGGGAAAGUUAUUACUACUCUCCAAAGGUGCAGACAGUGUCAUGCUUGAAAGGCUUUCAAAGGAUGGGAGAGAGUUCGAAGAGCAGACUACAGAGCACAUGAAUGAGUACGCCGAUGCAGGUCUGAGGACUUUGGUACUUGCAUAUCGUGGCAUCACCAAGGAAGAAUAUGAAAAGUUCAAUGAGGAAUUCACUGAGGCCAAGAACUCAGUUAGUGCAGAUCGUGAUGCAAUGGUCGAUGAAGUUGCAGCAAAGUUAGAGAAAGAUUUGAUUCUUCUCGGUGCAACUGCAGUUGAGGAUAAACUCCAAAAUGGGGUUCCUGAAUGUAUUGACAAACUUGCUCAAGCUGGUAUAAAGAUAUGGGUUUUGACUGGAGAUAAGAUGGAGACUGCUAUCAAUAUUGGUUUCUCGUGUAGUUUGCUUAGACAAGGAAUGAAGCAGACGAUUAUCACCUUAGAGACUCCAGAAAUCAAGGCAAUUGAAAAAGAGGGGGAUAAGUCUGCGAUCAGGAAGGUAUCAAAAGAAAGUAUAAUCCAUCAGAUAACUGAAGGGAAGAAACAAGUUACUGCAUCAAGUGGAAGUUCAGAUGCAUUUGCGUUAAUUAUUGAUGGGAAGUCGCUUGCUUAUGCUCUGGAGGAUGACGUGAAAAAUCUCUUUCUGGAAUUUGCAGUGGGUUGUGCAUCAGUUAUUUGCUGCCGUUCAUCACCAAAACAAAAAGCACUUGUUACAAGACUGGUUAAGAAUGGAACUGGUAAGACAACAUUAGCUAUUGGUGAUGGAGCCAACGAUGUGGGUAUGCUUCAAGAAGCUGAUAUCGGAAUCGGUAUUAGUGGUGUGGAAGGCAUGCAGGCAGUUAUGUCAAGCGAUAUCUCAGUUGCUCAAUUCCGUUAUUUGGAGCGUCUUCUGCUUGUCCAUGGACAUUGGUGUUACAGAAGGAUCUCAUCAAUGAUAUGCUACUUCUUUUACAAGAACAUUGCAUUCGGUUUUACUCUUUUCUUGUACGAGGCUCAUGCAUCAUUCUCCGGUCAAGCUGCAUAUAACGAUUGGUAUAUGUCACUAUAUAACGUCUUCUUCACAUCACUUCCCGUGAUUGCGCUGGGGGUCUUUGAUCAAGAUGUCUCUGCUCGAUUUUGCCUCAAGUUUCCCUUACUAUACCAAGAAGGUGUUCAAAACGUGCUCUUCAGCUGGCUUCGAAUACUUAGCUGGAUGUUAAAUGGGGUUUGCAGUGCCAUUAUGAUCUUCUUCUUGUGCAUAAAUGCACUUGAACUACAAGCAUUCCGUAAAGGUGGCGAAGUUGUUGGUUUCGAGAUUCUUGGAGCUACUAUGUAUACAUGCGUCAUUUGGGUCGUAAACUGUCAGAUGGCGCUUUCAGUUAGUUAUUUCACCAUGAUUCAGCAUCUGUUCAUCUGGGGUGGAAUUGCUCUUUGGUAUCUGUUUCUAGUAGCUUAUGGUGCAAUGUCCCCUUUACUAUCAACAACUGCCUACAAAAUCUUCAUAGAAGCCCUUGCCCCAGCUCCUACAUAUUGGCUUGUAACGCUCUUCGUUGUGAUCUCAACUCUUAUGCCAUACUUUGCCUAUUCUGCAAUUCAAAUGAGAUUCUUUCCAAUGUAUCACCAGAUGAUCCAGUGGUUAAGAUUAGAAGGACAAACAGAUGAUCCAGAGUACUGUCACAUGGUACGACAAAGAUCGAUAAGACCCAUAACAGUAGGUUACACGGCAAGAAGAGAAGCACGGUCAAAUCGGUUAAGAGAAAAGCGACAUCACAAGACAAAGAUAGCUGCAAGGGAUUCCUUGGAUAUCACAGUUGCUGAGUGAACUUGAGUCUGAUGAGGAUAUCUGUUGGAAGCUUCAAAAGUCAAAUUGAAUUGACUUAUCGGCCUACUUCAGUUUGCAGAGUCUAAGAACCAUUUACGAUCACGUACCCAGGGCUUAUCAGGGUAUCAAAGUUGGUGUCUUUCAAUGGCUCUCUGCAUCUAAGAGGUAUGUCCGUCGGAGAAAAGAAGCAUAUUGCUGGAGAGCGGGUAGACUCAAGUUACUGUGGUACGGAGGGGACUUCCUAACAAAAGCAGUCCGACUCCGUACCGAAGCUGUAAAUAUGUAGUAUAGUCAUAUCAAAACACAUACAUUUUGAUUUUCAAUCUUCUGGUGUAUUAUUUUUUUUACUUGCACAUUUUAAUACCGGAUCGACAGUAUCACUGUUGAUUGUAAAUGGGUCACUGAAUGUAGAUAUUCGUUACAGUUUUGAGUAAUACUCGGUGUGAAUUAUAUUAUCCUUUUUUCGCUUCAGUUUCACUGAUAGCGCAAA